AUGGAGGAGGUCGAGAAUCCACUGAAGUACGAUCGCAUCUUCCAGAACAUCGAUUCGUCUCAGUGGAACCUGCAGACCCUUGCCUAUUUAUGCACAAUUCACCGUGCUCGUGGUCGACGCAACAAUAAAAAAGAAGUGGUCUUUGGAAAUGAGCUGUUCUUGGCAUGGGAGAACAAGCCCGAUUUCCACUGGCCUUGGUGUGAAGGGUAUUCGGAAAACUUCGUUGAUCCUCCGGCGACUGAAUCCUGGGAAGCGGCUGCCAAAAAACUUCUUCAGAUUUGUGAUGGGGAUUGGAACUUGGUCGAGCAACGCAUUCCAGCGGCCCUUGACCAAGACAUCAAGGACGAAUUUAUUGGGAACGAUCAGGAGCUAGUGGUAUAUGUAAGAGGAUUAAUUCUCGAUCUGGCGGUCCAGGAUCCUUUGGUGAUUUUUCCUUUGGACGAGCAGUUGGAGGACACUACGUUUUUUAAUCGGUAUUGGGAUUUUACUUUGGAGGUUGAGCCCCGUUUACUAUUGGAAUUACGCCCUCUGGCCAAAGUAUGGGCCAUUGCGGUUGAACUCCUAGGGCACCCGUGGACCGACCCCGAAACGACAACGGUGGUAACGGAAUUAUCUGAGCGUCGCUCAGCCGCCAAGGGCAGAAAGCUUCGCGACUCUAUUGCCCCUGAUAAGGAGGAUGCAGUGAUGGUGGACACAACAGGUCCAUUGGUAAUUAGCCCCACCAAUAAACCAGCCAACGGCGAGUUUGCUUAUUGGUCUGACAACGAUGGGUCGGAGUCUGGUGAGCCGGCUCCUGACUUUUCGGCACCGUCUAAUUCAGACCACCCUCCUACGGAAGUGGUUGUUGGCAAUUCACCUGCCCCAGCCCAGCGGGCCAACGACCCCUCGGUAACGGUGCUAGUUGACUCUCACUUGUCCGAACCGUCUCCGCCCAAACCUUCCCAACUACCAGCUCCUCCUUCCGUGAAGAAGCAACUCACCUAUGUUGCUGCCUCACAGAAGAAUGCAGCUAUUUGUACCAAGUACCUCUCUGAAGAAAUGAAGGCUCGAGAAUUGACACAGAUGAACUUGACCGGGCUCCCGCGCACAUAUGCCCAGUUCCUCUGCGCUACAAUCAACUAUGAAUGGGAUGGCGAUACAUCUGAGGGUGGAUCUAUGGAAAAAUGUUUCACUGAAGAAAUGGUGGCUGUUCUGUCCAUGGCCAUGGACAAUGCCGAAGGCGACUUAGUGAUUUUACCGGUGAGCGAACUUCGAGUGCAAGAUAAGAAGCUGUGGCUGACUUCUAAGGAGAAAGUUGAGGAGCUCACCUACAAGAAGCUCAAGCCCUACGUUGAUUGGUCCUGGAACAAUGGAGCCCGAUUUGGAUACAACUCCAAGAAUCCUGGCCCCAAGACUCUCCGCACCCGUAUCCGAGUGGCCCAUAACUCUUCAUUGGAUGACAUGUCCCGACUCCUAGGUCAGUGUUUUGAGAUCACUGGCACCCAUGCAGGCGUGUUCCGGUCCCCGUUGCAAGUUAGUGAUCCGGUCCGAAUCGGCUGGCUCCUCAACUACCCUAUGGGGAUCGGCAGAGCGGCACUUGAACGGGAACUCAUGCGGUAUUUCAACUUCAAGAUAGCCAUUGCCUUAGAACCUGCGUGGCCACAGAAUCCCGGUACCGCUGGUCAAAAAUGGAUGCCCUCCAAGGGGCCGAAAGCAUGGCACAUUUGGUAG